GCGAACAGACGAAUGAAAACAAACGCGAAACAAGUGCUAGAUAAUUGUUUUCUUUUGUGUUUUUAAGUAAAUACGACUUAAAUUUGUUGCAAACAAUGGCUCAGGUUGCCUAUGUGGACAGCAUGCUACGUGAAUACUUGAUAUUCCGCGGCUACUCAAACACAUUGAAAGCUCUCGAUGUGGAGCAGCGCAAUGAGAAGGAUCAACAUUUUCGUGCAGAACGUUUAAUCGAACAUUUCAAUGCUGCUGUCCAAGCAUCGGAUUUGAAGGCACUGCGCAAUUUGUGGCUGCAUCUGGAUAACUAUCUGUUCAGCAAACUGGAUCACAACUAUGCCGUGGCUGUGAAGAAGCUGGAGAAUAAUCUGCUCAAAUACUAUCUGGUAACGGCCUACAGCAACAACAAAUCCGAUAAGAUCUCCGAGUUCUUUAAGAAAUUGUCCAGCGAGCUGCAGCAGCAGAACGAGUGGAAGGACUGGUUCUACUUUUCAUUCUGCAAAAAUGCCGAGGAGUCGCCGACAUUUGCUUUGUACUUUACCAAACAGUGGCAGGACACUUUGCUGUUGUCGCUGAGGAACUUUCUAACUACGGUGUAUCAGUGCCUGCCACAGCCGUCCUUUGUCCGCGCCGAGCAGGAGGCGGCCCACAUGCAGCGCCUGCAGGAUGAAAAUACACGUUUGCGUGCCCGUCUUCAGCAGCUGCAGCAGGAGCAACAACAGCAGCAGUCGUCCAGUGCAGCCAGCUCCCAAAAUCUGAGCAGCGGUGAGGCUAGCAGCUCACGGCGUCGGCAGCAGCAGAGCCUGAAUGAUAUCCUGCCCUUCGACAUAAGUCCUCCGGGGCAUAUUGUCGAUGACUUUUGCAUUAUUGCCUCCGAGGCGAACAUUGUGGGACAGGCAAGUGAUGCCCAGGCACGUGGACUUAAAUUACUCAUUCGCAACAUUGGCAAUGCCGGCUCGCCUGUGCUGACACGCAAGGAUAAUGUCGGCGACAAGUCCUUGUCGUCAUCCAAACGCAGGUCAGGCAGCGUGGGUCGCAGCUGGAUUUAGUCUCAAUACCAAAAUGUGGCUACAAACUAAUUCAAAGUCGAAAUUCUCUGAGCAGAUUCGGUUCGGAUUGGAUUUAAACGAAUUAGCCUUAUUCCCGAACCGAAUGCCAAGUCGCAGAUUUGAGAUUAGAGAUUUAAAGUAAGCCAAAAAGACAAAUUGAAUUUUUGUUUUUUUUUUUAAUUUAAUAUUUUUUAUUUAUUUGCGCUUCCUCUUAAAUCCAAAAUGUAAACGUACAAAAUUAUGAAGAGCAAAAAUGCAGUUGAAAGUUAAUAAUUAAAUUGCAAUAAAUAAACGUAAAAUUACAAAUAAAUAUAUUUUUGA